AAGACAUCGUGAGUUCCAUCGCACUGCACUGCGAUGCAUGCAUGGCCUUCAUCUUGUCAUCGUAGCAGUGUUAUUAGCCUGAUUGGAUUAGAUUAUGUGACGUCAUAGACCAUCCAUCUAUUCACGUGACCUCAUGUUGAAGGCGCGCGCCAUCGUCAGCGAGUCAUAGUGUUUCGAUCACUUCGCUCCCCUCUCCGAGCUCCCGGGCGCGAAAUUGACGCCACAUAAAAUAACGGGCCUAUACUAAUUUAACAAACGCGGCACGCUCCAACUACGUUGUCAAUAGUACUUAUGCGUGGUGCGAUAGCAGUGCAAUCGUCACCAGCAAGCUUCCACCCCAUUAACCGGACGUUGUCUAGUUUCCUCUCCAUCACUUCCAUCUCAUUUUGUGACUCUCUAAUCCAAUUCAAAGAUGUCUACCUACAAACUGACGUAUUUCGAUGCCCGUGCUAAAGGGGAACCUGCCCGGAUGCUUUUCGAACUAACUGGACAGAAGUAUGAAGAUAUUCGGUAUGGUUUCGAGGGACAGGAGUGGCCACAGAUCAAAGGGGACAGGAAAAGGUUCCCCCUUGCUCAGCUACCCGUGUUGGAUGUAGACGGUCAGCUCCUGGUCCAAAGCAGGGCUAUUUACCGCUUUCUAGCUCGUCGCUUUCCAGGUGAUUACUAUGGUAAGAACGAUGAGGAACGUACCCAGAUGGAUGUUUUCAUGGGAAUGGUAGCGGACAUCGAAGUCGCAGUCUUGCCAGCUUUCGAAACAUCAGACGCUGCUAAAAGAGAAGCAGACCUUGUCAAGGCUAGGGACAGCUCUCUGAAGCCUUCCUAUGAGUUCUUCUCUCAAUCUCUUCAGAAAGCAGGAGGAAAAUACUUCAUUGGAAACAGGAUGACGUUAGCCGAUCUGAUUAUCUUCAAUCUCAUCGAUUUUUUCCUGGACAGCACUGUUGGUCUGAAGACUUAUUUUGACCCUUACCCAAACCUGGUCAAGUACUACGAAACAAUCAAGAAUGAUUCGCCUCUCACCGGAUAUCUCAAAACAAGAAAAUACACCCCUUAUUAAAUCAUAAUUCAAUAAUUAUUAGAUGAAAAUAUUGGAAGGUCAUUUUCUCUCUUCUCACAUAUCACGAGGGUGUGUCAUAGAGAUUUAGAUUUAGAUUUAUUCAUUUCCGUUCAACAAAAUAAUCGAAGUAACAGUAUAGGCCUACAUGUUCAAAAUGAUACGUACACUUCAAUGACAUUUCAUAACAAAUAUUGAAGAUAGAUUAACUGAACGGCGGGACUUGCCAAGAAAAGCAGAGCUUGUAUAAAAGGCAAGUCCCUAAACUUAGUUUUAAUACUAAUUAACAAAACCUAUACAAGAGACGGACGGAAAACGAGCUUAAAAUAAGUAAUAUACCAAAAAAUAUUUAAAUAUCUAAAUCAUUUUUUGUCAUAUUUAAAUAUUUAAAUAUGACAAUAAGUCGAAAUAAACUGUUUGUGAUACAACCUCCAGAUUCGGAUUGAAACAGAAAAACAAGAAUUUAAUUAAAAGCAAAAUGGAAAUGUAUGUCGUGUCAUUAACGAUGUGAAAAAAAAUAUUUCCAUAAACCAUCAUGACUACAAACAAGUUUAAAACAGAAUUAUUGGUUAAACAGGGGUUUGCAUGUUUGUUUGGUAAAAUAACAAUUAUUGUGUUUGAUUCAGGAGCAGUGGCGUAGCUAGGAUUUUUUUCCUGGGGGGGCACUGGGGGGUCCUUGCUUUUUCAGGGGGGGCACCAUUUUUUCGGUGUGUGUGUCACAAGGGCGGAUCCGACUUUCGCCAAUAGGGGACGGUGCCCGAAAUUAUCUUCACCUAUAUUUUCCCCGAUCAGUCACUUCUUAGUUUUAUUCUUAUAAAACAACAUUAACAUGAAAUAAGCCUUAUAAAAAGUGCGAGCGCGAAGCGCGAGCGAUUUUUUUUUUUUUACUUUUAUGUAUUUUGUCCUGAAAAUUUAAUAUUCUGGGCAAUGUUAUGUGUGAUCCUGAACAAGAUUCGUAUGUAACUAGAUGGUUACUGCGAACGCCAAGCGCGAGCAGAAAUUUUUAUUACCUGUUCUAGCAUUAUCGAAAAGGGACCUGUUAAGGACUGCUUACAGUUACCCACGAAGACGGUAUAUAUUUCGAUAAUGCGAGCGCGAAGCGCGAGCAAAUUUUUUUAACAUUCCGACCUAAAAAUGGUCAUUCUAAGCACUUUUUGUAUUAAUAAAUGGGAUAGGUAUGUAACUAAACAAUUGAUGCGAGCGCGAAGCGCGAGAGGUAGAAAAUUUAGAUUUCAGACCUAAAAGCGGGACACUCUAUUCAUAUUUUGUAAAUCAUAAAUAGGAUAUAGUUAAUUGGGUAUCAUUAAUAAUGCGAUCAUGAAGCGUGAGCAGACAAUUAUUGAUAUUCUGACGUGAAACUGGAUAAUUUAAGUACAUUUUAAAUAAAGAACAUGCAGGCCAUCGCGCAUGUUUUAGAUUUAGACCUAGAAUCUGGGCAUUCUGAAUACAUUUGUUUAAUGGAACAUUAUGGAAUACACCUAGACAAUAUGAACUUGGCAAAUCAAACAAUGUGACCACGCAGCGUGAGCUUAAAAUGCUGAUAUGUAGACCAUAAAAACAAACAUUUUACAGAGCACUUAAAUUUGUAAAUGAAAAAAAUAAUGAAAGCUCGAUGUCCGAGCUAAAAUAUGUUUUGUAUAUAGACUUCAAAACUUGCUCCAUAUCAGCCUAUUGAGCAAGAUAUGAAUCUCAUCGAACAGGCAAUUCUGGCGCGAAGCGCAAGCAAAAAUUUUAUAUGGUAACAUGAAAGAUUUUUUUUUUGCAAGUCUUCCCCUCACAUUAUUUCAUUCACUCGUCUUCCUCUUCCUUUUUGUUCUUCUGUCUUUCUUCUUUUUUCUUUUUUUCUUUUCUUCUUUCUCCCUUUUUUUUUUUGCUCUGCCAAUUUUUUUCAGGGGGGGCACCUGGGGGGACACACCAAAUCUCAGGGGGGGCACGUGCCCCCCCAUGCCCCCCCGUAGCUACGCCACUGUUCAGGAGCUGCGGAACAUGGGACUGAGGGGACUUCAGCCCCUAUGGCCAUCCUAUUUUGAUUUUUUACAUGAUCACCACCCCCUCCCCUUUCAAAACCAUUCUGCAGCUUCUGAGAUUUAUCAUUUUCUGACCAACGAAUGUGCAGGUUCCAUUUUGACCUGAUAUUAGAUAAAAUUGUAUUCAACCUUCUUUUAAAAAUUCAUAUGUAGGGGUGCAUGAAUAUCUUGUGUUGUUAUUAUGAGUAGCCAUUGUACUGUAAAUAAAAACGCUAUUAAAAUUGUUUAUAUAACGCUGAUUCCUAUUUGAACCUCACAGUAGUUGUUCAAACAAGAGUUUAAAGCAGCCAUUCUCAAUUACUUGUUUUGAAGCUCCACAUUUCUUGUUGAGAAUCUGUAAUGCGCCACUAUCCAUUACGCAAACCAGCAAAGUAUUGCGGAGGGGUCCAGAUACCCCUGGUGGCGGUCAAGGGGGCAGAAGUUUUGGAAUAUUAGGCCUUUUAAAUUGCCCAGAGGGGCUCUAAUUAACAUCAACAUAAGAUAUACAAAUGCCACCAAACUACACAAUAUAAAAAAAACGAUUAGUGACUUUUUCACAACAUACCAAUGAUACCACUAGUUCAGACUGUUCUGCACCAGAUCUAUUGGCUGAAGCAAGCGGCAUAAUGAGUAAACAAAAUUGAGGGGGCUAGAUAUGGCAGCUGAAGCAAAAACGUUGAACUUUUCAAUACAAAAAUCUAUAUUUUAACAUAAUAUUAAGGAAAUAAUACAAUAUUCCAGUCUUUCCUUUUCCUUUUCUUUCCCUUUCUACUUUUUUUUCUUGGCCGUGAAACACUUGGGGGCCCCCAGUCCACACCCCCAUCUGUUAGUAUGCCAGUGGCUGAAGUUACAUUCCCCGAUUUUGCAAGGGCUGAAACUCGGGCGUUGCACUGCAAACUGCCCCUCUCUCUGCAUGCAGGCAAUCACGGCAGGCAAUACAUCUGAGCAUAUUUUACUAUUACAACUUCGGAUUUUAAUCGGCUUCGGAAACAAAGUUUCUGCUUGUUAUGUCCCAAAUUCACAAUAUUUUAUGAUCAGGAUGUUCUUUGAAUAUCAUAUUAUUUGAUGUUUAACUCUUAACCAAAACGUAUACUCUGGAAAUGCAAAAUUACUCGCCGUAGAAAUUGAAAUCCUCCAAACGGGGCUUUCAAAUCACUUGUGUGGCACAUAAACUUUGUACAGCAUAGAAUAAAUAAAAAGGAGAACAACAUCGAUCCUCCAUAAUAGGGGUUAUCGAGUGCUGAAUUUGACAAAAUUUGAGGAAAUCAAUUAGCAAUGAAGUGUCAAGUAAAGAGUUUUUGUUUUCUUUUUGUAUUAAAAUGAUCACCAAAUCGUUAUUUCCAGCCCAGGUUACUGGUAGAUACAUUUGUUUCUCCCCAAUUUUUCCUUAUUUUUACUUCUUUUUUUUUUAUACCGGCUCCCAAGCGCCACUGCGCAAGGCUCGGUGCGCCACCAUUUGAGAAUCCCUGGUUUAAAGUCUUAAACAGCCAAGUUUAUUUUUCAUUUAAUUUAUUGAAUUCUCAAUAAAUUAAGCAUGGUUGUUUAAACUAUUUUACAACUACUGUGAGGUUUGACAAAUUUCAAUCAGCGUUUGAAGUGCUCUAUACCAAAGAGGAAAUCUAUGUUAGUUCUCGAACAUUCCAUUCUUGUUCUUCUAAUGAGUGAGAUAUUUAACUAGAAAGUUCAAUGCCAGUUUUCAUUUACAAAAUUAUAAAAGAUUGGAAUCCCAAUAGAUCAGACUUAUAAUAAAUUGAUAAAUAAAAUAUAAAUACAGAUAAGAUAUUAUCAUGAUAUGAUUUCAGUUAUUUUUAAAUUGACUUAAAUGUCUGAAAAACACAAUUCCGUGAGUUCCUCUCCCCUCCUCUUCACCCCGCCCCCCCCCCCUCUCUCCCUCCCACCUCUCUCUUCUCUCAUUUUAUCAAUGGUUUUACCAUGUUUAGUCAUUCUAACAUGUAUCUGUUAUAUUUUUAGAUUGAAGCAAUAAAUGUAUGCAGAGUUUGUAGAAUUUGAUG